UUUCUUUAACUCUUGUUUCAGUUUCGUUGUUCAUCCGAGGCUUGUCCAAAAUUUCUCUACAUUCUAUUAUUCUCCUUACGUAUUUCCUAAUGCAAGGUAGUUUUUGCCUUUGCUGCACACAUUUCCUACAGCCAGUGUCAGGGGACAUCGAGUAGCCAAUCACAACCCGGGGCGACGAGAGGCUGGCCAAUCACGGAGGAUUGUGGACGCUGCUGAGACUGAGGCACCCUAUUGGCGAACACAGCCGAGCGGCGAGGCACGGAAGGGCGCCCGUCAUGAGGAUUAAACUAGAUCUUAGCGACUUUUUGGAGGAUGAGAGGAAGUUUUCUGUAUUAAAAGUGAAGCCGAAGGAGACGAAGACCGUGCGGGAUGUAAUCAGCAAGAUCAGCCAGCUGUUCAGCGUCUACGGGGAGGAGUGUGGCGAGGAUGAUGACCAGACCAGAGCACGUUUGGGGCUCUUUGAUGAGGAGUUCUACAUCCACCCUGAUGAGACGGCUGCUGUCCUGGAGGAUUCUGGUGUUUUGAAAUUGAAAUCACUUCCAAGGCCUGGAACUAAAGGAAAAAAGAAAAAAAAGUCUAAAAAGGAACCAAUACCAGUUGUUAUAGCUGAAGACGAUGAAAGAAAGAAGCUGCAAAGAGAUGUGGAGGAAGAGAAAAAAGCUCAAGGAGUGCAGGAAAUGAAGAAUGACUUGAAGAGCAGCCAGGCAACAUCCAAAGAGGCAACUAGAGCUGAAUGGUUGGAAGGAGAGGAAGAUAGGAAGACUAAUAAGAAGCGCAAGAGAUGUCAGUUUGCUGAGGAGGUGGAGGAGCUGCAGAGGAAAAAAAGGAGUAAAAUAGAGGAUUGGGAACCUGGUCUAGAUGAGUCUAGAGGAGAGCAGCACUUGAAGGGGUGGAAAGAAGUGGAGUCUGAAGAGAAAAAGAAACGGAAGAAGGAGAGGGCCAGCAGAGAACUAUCCAUCUCAGACACAUCACAGGAGGAGCGGAGAGGAAAGAAGAAAAAAGAACAAUUACAGCAGCCUUCCAAAGAUGCACAUGACAUGGCCAGUAGCCACAAGAAAAUUGAGCAGCAUGCAUCUAUUAUGGAGCAGCCUCACCUUAAAGAAUGGAAAAAACAACGGCUCAAAGAUGACAAGGGUGGUGGUAGCAGCUCCUCUUCCUCUCAGGACAAGGUUGUUUCCACCAGCAGCUUCCUCACGAGUCUGGAGGGUAUCAGCCAACAUCACUGCCGCCGCUCCUCCAAUGCUAGUUCUGAUCUGGACUUGGAUGCAGAAGGCAGGAAACCAUGUGUUGCAGAUUCUGUGACAGAUCCUUUUUCCUCAAAGGGAGAGGGAGAAGAAUGGCUUCUCAAAAGGAAGAGGAAGAGAAAGCACAAGGCAAGGGAGCGAUCAUGGAAGUCAGAUGCUGGCACAUCACAACCCAGGAAUGGAAGAGAGGUACAAAAUGUUUGGGAUAGUGAAGCAAAACACCCAGUGCUCCCAGGGAAAGUUAUGCCUAUGACCAUUCCAAACACACAUAUUAUAUUUAAUGAUGAUGAUGAUGAUGAAGGUAGCACAAUCCAAAUAAGGUCUGAUCAGCCCAGUCAUCAGAACAAGAUUAUCAACCCUACCCUGACUGUAAGCUCAGGGCAACAUAAUCAACCUGAUGCAGUCCUCACACCUGCCAUUACUGGCAAGGUGAGGGACAUUUCAAGAGAAAGGAGACCCCCAGUAGCUGCAGCAUCCCCAUCCUCCCAUGGGAACAGGAGAGUUCAGGGUUCACUAUUACAGAACACAGAGGUUGAGCAAUGUAGCACUUUGUACUCAGGAGAGCACUCCUCACAGUACACAGAGAAAGGCAGGGCAUUGGUGCACAGAAGACCUGCCCACAACAAUGUGGAGGAGCUGGCAACACUACGCAAAAUAUGUGAGAAUAAUACCAUUACCAUCUGCAAAGUUGAUUCCUGGAGGAAACAACCCACCAAACCUAUAGAGGAACCCAGACCUGCCCUCUCCCCUCCUCUUCGUCGGGCACCGCCUUCUCCCCCUCACUCACCAUUACAAAUAGUACAUGACAGCAAGCAUAGUGCAUCUCUUCAGGCCCUAACUGCUAUGAAAAACAGAAAUGUUCCAGUGGUGUUCUCUGGAGUGAGAGCAAUGGGUGUUAGACCUAUACAAAGGAGGAGUGGUACCAGUGCUCCUGUCAGACCACCCAUAGCUAAUGGCAGUCCAGGACUGGCCAGCCAAAACACCACAAUUCUACCUGCAGAUGAUCCUCUACAGAUCUUGUCAAGCAACUUAAGUGAAAUUCAGCAGCAGUACAACCAAGGCUAUGAGCAAACACGGACAGAACAGAGGCCAGCAGCAUUGAACUCUUUAGGUGCCAUCUUGUCAGCCAUGAAAACAAAACCACAAAGUAGUACCACAGAUUCAUCACUAAUGAACCAUGACAAAGAGAAACCUAAAAGUUCCCUUGUAUCUGGAAACAAAGGGGAUGCUGGUGGCCUGGGUACCUCAGACCUUAUCAUUUUAGGUUGUAUUGAGGGCACAGACAGCAAGUUGGCAGCUUCUCCAAGCAAAAAGGAAGGGUUACCAGAUGUUUACUGUGUGUCUCCAUCCAGUCCAUCCAUAUCCACACACCAGGCCAGUCCAUCCAGGCCAGUGUUUCAGGCAACUUCAUCUAGGCCAGUACCUCAGACCAGCCAAUCUAGACCAGUGCUCCAGACCAGCCACUCUAGGCUAGUGUCCCAAAUUAGCACAACUAAACCAUUAUCCCAAACCAGCCCUUCCAGGCCAGUAUCCCAUCUCAGUCCACCUAAGUCAGUGCCCCAAACCAGCAUAUCUAAGCCAAUUCCCCAAACCAUCCCGUCAAGGUUAAUGCCCCAGGCCAGCCCAUCUAAAUCUAUGACAGAGACCAGCCUUUCCAGGCCAAUACCACAUACAAACCCAUGCAGGCCUGUUCUCCAGACAAGCCCAUCUACACCAUUACUACAAGAGAACCUAUCCAGGCCACUCUCCCAAUCCAUGCUCUCCAGAACUCUACAGCAGACUUGCCCAUCCAAGCCACUGGAACAGGCCAGGCCCCCACACGUGGCCACAGUACCUUCAGCCCCCAAGUGGCCUGUUGAUGAAGUUGUUGAUCUAGAGAGUGAUGAUCAGUCUGAGGAAGUCACCUGUGAUAAAAGUGAUGGCAAGGCUGACAGUGUUACUGUUGUUGCACCACCAGCAGUUACAGCAGCAGAGAGUGGGAAGUUGGCAGGUACAGUGGAAAGUAGUAACAGGAAGGAUAUUGAGGAUACCACAGAGCUCUCUAGAAACAGAAUAGACAAGAACACUGAUGCCAGGGACCUACAUGCUCCAAACAAGCCAACUUCAAUUUCUGGCAGACUAGUAGAGGGUGGAAUGAGCACUGGUCAAUACAUUGCAGAGAUUCUUGAGGAUUGUGAAAUGGUGGGACUUUCAGGCAAUGGUACAAAAAAGGCUAGUGCAGCAGAUGCACGAAAGGAGGUAGCUGCUCUUGUGCAUCAUUCUGAGGUUGUGGAAGAGGAGGUUGUGUCAGAUGAAGAUGAGGUGAUGCUGGAAGAUGAUGGGGAUUGUGUGGAAGAUGUGGAAGGAGAAGUUGAGGAGGAAGAGGAAGAUGAAGAAGAGGAGGAGGAGGAGGAGGAGGAGGAAGGAGAAGAGGAUGAAGUGGAGGAAGAAGUGAUUGAGGAAGUGCAAGAUGAAGAGGAGGAAACGGAUAUAUAUGCCAACAUAGAUGAUGAAGAUGAGGAGAUGGAGGAGGAGGAAGAGGAAGAAGAUGACUUUGAUUAUGAGAUAAUUAAAGAAAGUGGUCCCUCUGUCCUCAUGACAGCUAAAAGGCAGGAGGCCCAAUCCUUGGCCUCAGAUGGUGCUAGAGGAAGUGCUGGGGCACCUAAUCAUAGCAACACUUCUUUCAAAAUCCAAGACAGCACCUCUUGCCCCAGUGACUCACCUCCAAAGGAAAGCAUGGGGUCCUCUCACAUCCCUUUCAAAACACUUGAAAAUGAAGACCAAGGCCAGAUUGCUUCUCUUGUGGCAGAACCUCAGAUCACUUCCAUCCUCACAAAACCUAGUGAGGCUACACCUUUUGUGACAAAAUCUCUGGAGGUCAUACCUGUCAUGACAAAAUCUGCUGAACCCACAGAUGUCUUGAUGUUAUCUCCAGAAACCAGUCCUGUCAUAACAAAAACUUCAGAGUCUGCUCCAGUUGUCUCCCUAUCUCCAGAGCUUAUACCUGCCAUGACAAAACCACAGGAAGUCUCUGUUGUAACUGAACCUGAGGUAGUCACUUCUCUUGCAUCAGAACCUCAGGUGACAUCUGAUUUAGCAGAAACUGAGGAUGACACAGCAAUUUUGAUUGAACCUCAGGAAAACACAUCUUUAGCUGAACCACAAGAAGUCAAGCCUGUUUCAACAGAACCUAUUAUGACAAAGCCUCAGACAGCCAUGCCUUUUGUCAUGGAACCCAGUGAAGUUACACCUACUAUGAUGGAACCUGUGGAGGUCAUGCCUGUUAUUAAGGAACCCAAGGAGGUCAUGACUGUCAGUAUGGAAUCUGAGGUAACACCUGUUACUACAAAAUCCGAGGAGAUUGCACCUGUCAUUAUAGAACCUGAGGAAAUCUCACCUGUCAUGACAGAAUCUUCAGAAGCUGUCUUGAGGAAAUGUGAGGAAGCUAAGCCUGUGUCUAAGUCCCAUGAAACAAUCAGAAGAAAUAGGCCUGGAAAUUCCCCUGAGGAUAAUGGAGAAGCACAGAAUCAAGAGGUAUCAAAAGACAGUCAGUCUGCAACCAUCGCAGCUGUCACUGCCACCUCUUCUACCAGUGUUGCCAACAGUGGGGAACAAAAGACUGAGGAGUUGUCCAGAGAUGCUGAGCCAGCCAAGGUAAGUGAAGCAGGAAUGGAGGUUGCACUACUAGCUUCCUCAUCAGCACAACGCUCACCUUCCCCUGAGAUGAUUAAUGUGACGCCGGCGAUACCCCCCAGUGCUCGUUCUUCAGACACUCAUGUCCACACCCUCAUCCAUCACACCACCAUAACCAACAUUGUCCCCUCACCUUCUUUGUUGCCCCCACACCACCACCCCAGUCAACAAAAUCCACAGCACCAUAGCCCCUUCAGGUCCCCCCUUAUGGCUUCUCCAUCCUUUCCCCACCAUCAGCCACACCUUAAUCUUAACCCCUCUACUCACUCCCCCUUCCUGUCCCUGCCUGCCCAGUUUGCCCUUGGCCAGCUCAUGAACCAGUCACUUUACCAGUCCAUCCCAUACCCCAACCCCUGCCCCCCAACUUCUGUUCCAACCUCGCCUACCUGCCAGAAUCGCUUCCCUCCUGGUCACCUGAGUGUAGCUGCUCUCAGAGGUGCACCCCUUCGUGCUGGUACAUUUAAUCAGGCUCUGCAGCAGACCCACCCACAUCCCCUCCUUGGUAUGCCACUGUCCAACGUAAGGCUGGCUGGGACACAACAACAGCGACAUUUCAUGGCCAUGAUCACUCCACAACACUACUCACUCCAGCAGAAUCCUAAUUUUUGAGGUGUCUGAAGUUGUCUGAAAGAAAGUGGUAAAUUAUCCAUUGCUAACAUUAUCUUCCUGAUAUCAUUCCCUUCAUCAUCAUCCUUAUGCUCAUCCUCAUCAUUCUCAUCAACCUUUUCUUGGCCACUUUAGUAAUUUUUUUUGUUUUUGUAUCUUUCCAUGUAGCUGUCUAUCUUGCCUUCUUUUACGAUUCUAGGCUGCCAAUGUUACGUUACAUGAAUAUCCCUCUAUUAGGUAUUUGGUGUAUGACUUGUUUUGUCCAGAUCCACUAUUUUCUUUAGAUUGUAAUCAAAAUGCCCUCAAUUUUUGGUUUUAUUCCCGAUCCUACUCUUAUUUUGGUGCCUUAUAUUCAUCUUAAAACUUUCCUCAUCCUAUUUCAAGGCCUUUCACAUUUCCUUUAAGGAGAAAAGUGUUGCCUUGCCUGAUACUUUUCCCUGAUUUUGUUUCCCUCAAGAUCUCCUCCAUGUCCUCUGUGUUAUUGACGAACAUCUCCUAAUUGUUUAUAAUGAUUGAUAAAGCCAUCCCACCAUAAAAGAGUAGUGAUCUCACAGCACUCUUUUAUUGAUCUUUGUAAUGAAUGUAGAGUGCAGCAUUGUAAGGCAUUUAAAAUCUGUUCAUCAAUGCCUUGCAACUUGUCAUCAGCUUUUUAAUUAAUUUGUACAGUACUGUUCCUUAAUAUGUCAAGAUAGUCUGAAUGGCAGUUUUUAUUUAUUUAUUGGUCUUCUUUUAGUAUGUGUGGACCUACUGUAAAGAAUUCUAUGCUAAUUUUGUUAAAUACUUCACCACUGUCAAGUAAAUAUUUGUUAAUUUCAGUUAUUUAAUAUCAUUUAUUGAUUUUGAAUGUCCUCUUCAUUUUACAACAAAGCACUUGAGUGUCAUUUAUUUAGAGAUGAUACCCUCAGUAUUUAGAAGCCAUUGUUGUUCAAGAAAAGAAAGGAUAACAAGUUGUAUAGCAUUUUAAGAAGUGUGGAAAGGGCAGCUGCAAAUUCUUGUCCAACUGGUGCUACUCUUAAUUUGGUAAAUUUGUGUUGGGUGUGAGCUGCAACAGAAUUCAGCACAUUUUCUCAUCUCUGGUGUGAACCUUGCACAUUUAAAUGUACAUAUAUUACAUAUUAAUUACUCUGAUAAUAUCUAGCAUUACCAAAAAUUUGAAUAUAUGCCUGAAGUUACUGAAAUCAAACUAGAUUUAUUGUAACAUUUGUGUGUAUAAGAUCUAUUAAGGAAUGUUUUGUGUGCAUGUGAUGUCUUGUUGGCUUAACCUCAUUGUACUUGUGCUGCUCCCACUGUGUUGACCAUAUUAUUGGGGUGAAAGAUAGUGUACAUAUUAGUCUCUAGAGAGUAACACUGGGAAGUAUAGAGCUUUUGGUUCUUUCAUCAUCACUGUCACCAUCAUCAUUUGCACCAUCUUCAUCUCCUCAAGUUUACUCAUAAAUCUUAUGUUUUUGUAUCAGUGGCCUACCUCGGGUUUAUUACCAUUCCUGGGUUAGUAUUUAGUCAGCUGUUAUCAGUUGUCAAAUUAAUUCUUAAAUUGUCAUUAGGUAAACUUGGUAUGAGUGACAUCAGGUCAUCAGUGCAAGUUUAACUUAUUUUUUUGCAUGGAAUCUCAUACAGUAUUGUCAUAAUUUAGUGAAAAUAAGUUUCAGUGUCAGCUUAGUGAGUGAAGGCUAGCCUGUCAGGGAAUUCAUCAGCCAGGUGUAUCUAACAAUGCAAUGCCAAAACAGAGAAAAAUGGAGACUAUUCUGCCCCCUUCAAGAAUCCCCUUCAAGGAGGAAGGUUUCUGAAGGGGAAUGAGGCUUCAGAGGUAUAUAGAUAGAUGGUUUAAUUUAUAGAUGCAUUGGAAAUAGGUAAGCUUUUACAUUUUUAUUGAAAAAAAAAAAAAAAUCUUAUGUGCCAUUAGAUGCAGUAUCUUUGGUGAUUUAGAGUUCUGUACUUUGCCACAAUAAAGCAUUUGUUCCAUGACAUCAUGACAUCUCAAAUAUGUUAUUUUGUCUUUACAAAUAUACCUAAUAUGAUCACUUUGUCUUAAAGUAAUCUGUAAUAAACUUCUUGUUCUAGGAACACUCAUUACUCAACAUGUCAUGAUGAUGUAGUAGUAAUGUACCACAUUCUUGUAGGAUUGGUAAAGAAGUAGUACUAUUAAACUAAUAUUUGAAACUUUAUACUGACUCCUUUCAUCUAUCACUUCUACAGCUUGUUUCUCAUAGUCAUUCACUUGAUAAAAUCUUUCUCAUCUGUAUGUGUGUGUGUGUGUGUGUGUGUGUGUGUGUGUGUGUGUGUGUGUGUGUGUGUGUGUGUUUGUGUGUGUAUUUAUAGGUAAUCAUGUUUUAUCUCAUACUCGAAGGGAACUGGCUAAAGGAAUAGUUUUGUAGCUUUCAAGCAGAAAAAUUAGAAACAUCAUCUUUAUGACAGCUAAUGGUCCCGUGAACACAUCCUUAUUCAUGUUCAUACUGCUUUUGUGUUUUUAUACAGUUGGGUCCAAGAAUUUUGGAAUUCAUCACAGUGUUUGUGUGUGUGUGUGUGUGUGUGUGUGUGUGUGUGUGUGUGUGUGUGUGUGUGUGUGUGUGUGUGUGUUGUCGAUUUAUGCCCACAGCGUUGAGCACCCAGGCCAAGGUGAGUUUCAUCACAGCAAGGUGAGGUAACAUCAGGCAUAACCACACAAUGGAACAGGAAACAUCCCCAAGGUUAGGGUAAUAGGAGUGGAGAAACUGUUGGCAAUGUUGCCUGAGAUGGAAACAUGUAACAAGUUUCUGUUUCAGGCAGCAUUGCCAAUAGCUUCUCCAUCCCUAUUACUCCAACCUUGGGGAUAUUUCCUGCUCCAUUGUGUGGUUAUGCCAGGUAUUUCUUCACAUUGCUGAGAUGUGUACUAAAUUCCUGAAGCCAACUGCACACCUUGGUCUAGAUGCUCAGUGACCUGGAGAGAUGUGACUUUUAGGAAAUGCAGUGGAAUGGGCAGGACUGGAUGAUACUUUGUUAAUUCUAAUCGACGUUGUUUCAAGGGUUCACAUUUUCUAAGUUUCUAGUUUGUCAUUCAAAAUAUUGACCACAUUCUUUCAAUGUAGAUGAUUGCUGCAUUCAAAUAUAUUUGUAGUGUACAAUAUAUAGCCAUAUUUUGCACAAACAGAGAGUACUUUAUUUUUGUGUUAACUUAUAGAAAAGUGAUUUAUAAGUUUGGACUUCUGUACAUUUUAGGUGCUGUGUGGAAGAGUGGUGUAAGCAACAUUUUUAGAACAUCAGAAAAAAUGGAUCAGGGUUUUCCCAUCUUCAUUGCCACAAUAAUUUAGUUGUUAUGGCUAGAAAAACAGUUUUAAAACCAUAAAAAUAUUGUUGAGAGAGAGAGAGAGAGAGAGAGAGAGAGAGAGAGAGAGAGAGAGAGAGAGAGAGAGAGAGAGAGAGGUCAUAAUAAUAAUAACUGAUAAUUCCCUGACACUCAAUGGAGGUAGCUUCUAUGUGCAUCAAUUGCUGUACCUUUACACUCCUUUCCCCUUCCACAUUCUUAAGAGACGCUUGCUUGCACAAGUAGCUGCGUGAGUAAUUCAGAAUGUUUUGCAGAACUUCCAAUCUUUUUGCCAGUGCAGGCAGCAUGCUACAAUGAUGGAGAAUGACUGAAAGUGGUGCCAUGUGGUCCUAACUGGAAAAUGGCUUGGCCAUCACUUACACUACUCCUCCAUGUGGUGCCUCAUUUGUUGAUGCAUCCUUUUUUACUUUUACAUUUAUUUAUGGGUUGAUUGACAAUUUGAUUUUUUUUUAACUAAAGGUUAUUUACUUUUACUCUUUUUAUUAUGUGAGUUUGGAGUUUUCAUGAAAUUUGUCAUGGGGCCUGAUCUUCUCCCUUGUUACACCAUCAUUGUGAAAAGUGACACUUGCCAUUUGCGGAAAAUAUUUCAAACUAGCUUUAUUUAGUAUAGUAUUUAUUUAUUUAUUCAGUUGAGAGAGAGAGAGAGAGAGAGAGAGAGAGAGAGAGAGAGAGAGAGAGAGAGAGAGAGAGAGAGAGAGAGAGAGAGAGAUUACUUAAAGUGCAAUAUUUUUACAAUAUUAAUAUAUAAAGUAAAAAAAAAGGAUGGUAGGGAGUUUAUAGGCAUGUUUGUGUGUGUGUGUGUGUGUGUGUGUGUGUGUGUGUGUGUGUGUGUGUGUGUGUGUGUGUGUAUGCAUGCAUGCAAUUCACCCAUGGUCUUAGAUAGAUCAUGUAGUGGAUUCAUGAUUGCCAGCUGUCACCAUCCUUGAGUGAUCUAAGAAAUCAUACAUUCUAAUCUCUGCAGAAGGCUGAGAUCUUUCAUUAACCACACAAAACUCCUUGCUCAUGUGAAAACCUUCAAUAACCUUAGCAGGGAUCAAAAUGGAGCUUGCAAAAUGACAGACAAGAAUGUUACCACUAAGCUAGCAUUUGGUGUGUGUGUGUGUGUGUGUGUGUGUGUGUGUGUGUGUGUGUGUUGUCAUUGUUGUGACUUGUUGCAUAGAUAGAAUCAUGAGUGAUAUUGUUAGUGUUGUGUGUGUGUCUGUGUGUGUUCUCUUUCAGGUAUGUAUCAUGCUUUUUUUUUAUUGCAUUGUCAUUUUCCUGUCACAGUGUUUUCAUUAAUUCAAAUUAUCAUCUAAUAUGUUCAUACAUUUUUUUUAUUGAGGUAUUUUUGUACUCUAGUAUAAAAAGUAGUGUAGAAUAAUGUAGUAUUAGAAUAAUUACUAAGAUUUUUUAGUAUGAUAUGCAUAACUUGUCUCUUGCCAGUUUUAUGGCACUUAUUCUCAUUUUUUAAUAUAUUUAAAAAGUUACUGAAAAUGUGUGAUGUAUGUAACUGAUCAUAGUUGUAAGGGAUUACGUGUAUGUCUUUUAUUGAUCACUGCUCAGAUUUUUUCCUACCUUGUGACAAAUUUCUUCAUCUCUCCCAUUUAGUUGUCUCUUCAUAUUUAUAAUGCACACUGCCUCAAAUAACUUCUGAGAUGCUUCACUCAAUACCUUUUAUCCUGAUGAAUUGGAUGUUCCAUCAUGUCAUGAUUGUUAACAUGCCUUUCAUAUAUGGGAGUCCCUAUGGAUGGGCUGUGCCACAGGAAUGUGUUAUUGAGAACAAGCUUUGGCAAAUGAUAUUAUGAGAGAGAUUAUAAGUGCAUAUAUUGAUAAUCAGGUUAGUGAGUGACAUGUCCUUUGCAAAUGCAGUGUAAAAUAUUCCGGUCAAUCCCAGAGAAGAAAUGCAUUUUAAGACAAUGGCAGACAUCUUCUGUGAUUUCAUACUCAUUCCUUAAGUGUUGCCCUUCAACUUCAUACUCCUUACAUUUUAUCUAUUUAGAUAUCAUAUUAGUCAUGUGCUGCAUAUGUCUGAGGCAUGUAUGGUGUAAAAAGUCAUGUUGGCUGUCUGGUAUUUUUCCAGUGGCUGCUUUUUCAGUCUUCCACACAGCCUCUUUUGAUAACUCUUUGAUGGUGUCAGAACUUGUGUUCAUGUCAUUGAGUUACAGCAGGAAAAUCAUAUUGUAUAAUAUGACUGGCCAUUAUCCUGCCCUGGCCUUCCUUCCUUUCUUUCUUCCUUCCAUUAUGCAGUAUGUGUUUUUGUGUCUUGAUUUGUGGGAUAAGUUACAACUCAGCUUUUCCAGUUUGUAAAUCUUCCAUUCAUGCUUCUGUUGCUAAUCAUGUUUUAGUAAAAGUUCCAGAAGCAAAUUCUGAUUCCUGAAUAUUUAAACUAAAUAAGCAAGACAUAAAUAGUACACUGAUAACAUGACUGGAAGACUUGCCUGAGGAAAAUGUGAGGAGGCACUGGCUAUGUGAGAGAGUGUAUGUGUGUGUGUGUGUGCGUGUGUACAUGAGUGGAUGCACACACACACAUAUAGACGCAUCCAAAUGUGUACAUAUCAGAGCUUUCUCAUGGGUUCCUCCACAAACCUUUGUCCACAUUACUCAAGUGUCUUUGUGGUGGUAUAUGAUGUGUACCAAUUUUUGGCCAUAAGGCAUCCCAUGAAUGUUAGGAAAUCAACACUACUUGAGGCUGCAGUUCAUGCUCCUCUAGCUGUUGACUUACUCUGUAUAAUGUAGUUCAAUGUAAGUCUUCAGUAAAAUCCCAAAGCCAAACUA